AUGGGCACCAAGCACGUGACCUGCAGGUACUUCCUCCACGGCGUGUGCAGAGAGGGAAGUAACUGUCACUUCUCUCAUGACCUGAACAACAGCGCCCCCUCUCUGAUCUGCCGGUACUACAGGAGAGGAGUUUGCGCAUAUGGAGACCGCUGCAGAUACGACCAUGUCAAAGACACGCCCAGAGAGGGAGGAGUCACUGCACCUACAGGGGGUGGGGCACCAGCUGCAGUGCUCAGCUCAGCGGCGCCCCCUGCAGUGUUCUUCCCUCCACAGACAUAUGUGGAGGCAACAAGGAGCGGCCUGCAGCCAGCAGUGGCUGCUGACUCUGCCCAGUUGUGCCCAUAUUUGGUAAUGGGGGAGUGUCGCUAUGGAGACCAAUGUGUUUAUCUCCACGGCGACCGGUGUGAAGUGUGUAACCUGCACCUACUGCAUCCGACAGACGCCGAGCAGAGAAGAGAACAUGAGAAAAUGUGUCUGUCGGAGUUUGAGGCCGACAUGGAGCAGGCUUUUGCAGCUCAGAAAAGCCAGGACAAGGUCUGCUCCAUUUGCAUGGAAGUGGUAGUGCAGAAGGUCAGCCAAUCAGAGCGCAGAUUUGGGAUCCUGUCGUCGUGUGAUCACUGCUUCUGCCUGAGCUGCAUCAGGAAGUGGAGACACGCCCCCUUUUCUAAUGAUGUCGUCAAGGCAUGUCCUGAAUGCCGCAUCCCCUCGGAGCUUGUUAUCCCAUCUGUUCACUGGGUUCAGGACCCAACUCAGAAAAACCAGCUGGUGGCGCUAUUCAAGACUGCAGUCAGUAAAAAGCCAUGUAAGUUCUUCCUGGAGGGGCGGGGCUCGUGUCCAUUUGGCGACAGAUGUCUGUAUCUGCACCAGGACCCGUUUGGACGAAGACCUGAACCAGAAAGAGUCCGGAAACAGCUAGGACCAGAGGGCACCGUCCGGUUCAUGAACACUGUCCGUCUGUGGGAUUUCAUCGAGGAGCGAGAGACCCGUGAGGCCCCGCCCAGUGGUGAUGUCACCCACGAGACCCCGUCCACUGAUGACGUCAACCGCGAAGCCCCACCUACUGAUUUCACCGCUCAGGGCGGUGUCACAGCUGAGGAGGAGGAGUUAAGCCGCCGUCUGCUGCAUCUGUCCACAUCAGACACAUAA